AGCAAAUAUCAUCUGGGUUAUUCUCAAAACACUUCCAUUCUCUUUCAUUCCCAUUUUGCUCACAUAUUCCAUUUGGAUCUCUCUCUCUCUCUCUCUCUCUCUCUCUCUCUCAUUUUCCUUACAAAUACCAUUUGGGUUUGUCUCAGGACACUUCCAUUUUGCUCACAUUUCCCAUCUGGGUUUUGUUUCCAAACACUUCACUCUCCCUCACUUCCAUUUUGCUCACAUUUCCCAUCUGGGUUGUCUCCAAACACUCCUCUCUCUCUAUCUAUCUCUACAUCAAUAUCUCCAAUGGAAGCUCCAUCUCCCAUCCCUCUUCCAAAACCCACCCCACCCCAACAAAACCCCCCUUCCUCCCCCAAACCCUACAAGAAGAGCUUAUUCUCUUCCCUCAUCGAAGCCGCUACUCUCCGUUCCCCAUCCUUCAAAGAAGACUCCUACUUCAUCUCCAACCUCAAAUCCUCCGAACGCAAGUCCCUCCAAGACCUCAAAUCCAAGCUCCCCACCUCACUCGACCCUUCCUCCUCUUCCAUAUGGGGCAUUUCACUCCUCUCUACCGACGACGAUCGCACCGAUGUCGUCCUCCUCAAAUUCCUUCGUGCCCGCGAUUUCCGAGUCUCUGACGCCCUUUCCAUGCUCCUCAAAUGCCUUGCUUGGCGCAAGGACUUCGGCGCUGAUACCGUUCUCGAUGAGGACCUCGGCUUCAAGGAGCUGGAGGGGGUGGUAGCCUACAUGCACGCGCACGAUAGAGAGGGGCAUCCAGUCUGCUACAAUGCCUAUGGAGUAUUCAAGGACAAGGAGAUGUAUGAGAGGAUAUUUGGAGAUGAGGAGAAGCUGAAGAGGUUCCUGAGGUGGAGAGUUCAGGUGCUUGAAAGGGGUGUAAAUGUCUUGCAAUUCAAGCCAGGGGGAGUGAAUUCCAUCAUACAGGUUACUGAUUUGAAGGACAUGCCUAAGAGAGAGCUGAGGGUUGCUUCCAAUCAGAUACUCUCCCUCUUUCAGGAUAAUUAUCCAGAGAUGGUGGCUAGGAAGGUAUUUAUAAACGUGCCUUGGUAUUUUAGCAUGCUGUAUUCCAUGUUCAGUCCGUUCCUGACACAACGGACGAAGAGCAAGUUCGUGAUCGCAAAAGAAGGAAACGUUGCCGAGACUCUUUACAAGUUUAUAAGGCCAGAGGACGUGCCGGUUCAGUACGGCGGUCUGAGCAGACCGGAUGACAUGCAAGCCGGUCCACCUAAGCCGGCUUCCGAGUUCACAGUCAAAGGAGGGGAGAAAGUAAACCUUGAAAUCGACGGGAUUGAGGGGGGAGCAACCAUAACAUGGGACAUAGUAGUAGGUGGCUGGGACUUGGACUACAGUGCGGAAUUUGUGCCAGCCGCUGAAGGAAGCUACACGAUCGCAAUUGAAAAAACACGCCGGAUCGCUCCAAAUGAAGAGCCAGUCCACAAUUCCUACACAUCCAAGGAAGCUGGAAAAAUGGUGCUCUCCAUCGACAACACUGCCUCUAGGAGAAGAAAGGUCGCUGCAUACCGGUAUUUCGUGCGUAAACAAUCCACCUAAAAUGCCCGUUUCAUCGUAAGUGUUCGUUUUAAUUAAAUUGGACCCUAAUCAUCCUAUCAUAUAUAAAUAUAAGUAUGUAUAAAAAGAAGAAUUUUUUUCUCUAUUAUAGAGAAAAAAAGGUUUAUAUAAUCUCUAGAGAGGUAUUAUGAUAGAGUUCUUUUUAUCUGUUUGUUGGUUGUUUUGUGAAAAAUCAGGUGUAAUAAACCAAGGGUAGGAUAUGUCUUUUUAAUUUUUUA